ACCACCUUCUACAAAUCACCAACGCAUUCAAACGAGAAAAGACGAGACGCAACUUGACGUUCCGUACUACGAGUACGUACUCCACUCGUACCCAAGUUCCAUAAUUGAAAUUGGUGUGCCUCGAGUUUUGCAUCACCGUUUACGACCCAACACAAAGCAUGCUACAGCAGCAGUAGCAACUUUAAGAGAAGCAACAGCAGCAACAGAAACAGAAACAGCACCACACACAUGGGGGAAGCAAAUGUGCCGGCUCAGCAGCGGCCGCAGGAACGGUCCGGAGGCACCGAUUCCGAUCCGGCGGUGCCUUUCCCGGAGGGAGGCCAAGCCCCCGGCGAAGCGGGAGGAGGAGUCGAACCGAGGGUGGCGGAGGCCGAGGCCGAGGCCCAAGCACUCAUGGCCCGGCUGGGCGCCCAGUUCGGUGACCUCGACCUGAGCACGCUGGGGAUCGGAACCGGGGGCGAAUGCGAAACCGGAGGCGAACGCGACACCGGAUCCCCGUCUUCGUCGAAGAAAGCCGGGAGCGAGGAGGAGGGGGGGCAAGCCCCCGGCGAAUCAGGAGGAGUCGAACCGAGGGGGGCGGGAGUGGCGGCAGCGGAGGCCGAGGCCCAAGCACUCAUGGCCCGGCUGGGCGCCCAGUUCGGCGACCUCGACCUGAGCACGCUGGGGAUCGGAACCGGGGGCGAAACCGGAUCCCCGUCUUCGUCGAAGGAAGCCGGGAGCGAGGAGUCCUCGCUGUGGGACCCGACCCCGGAAGAGCUGGCGGAAUGGCAGGCCUCGCAGUUCGCCCGGGGGGACGAGCAGAAGCGCCAGCAGAAGGAAGACCAGCAAAAGCAGCUGCAGCUGCAGCCACGGAACGGAAGCGUCCGGGAGCGGAGGAGGCGCCUGCGGGCCCUUGGGGAAGGCGCUCCCGCCACGCCGACGGAGCUGCUGGCCGGCCAGGGGAGCGUCUUUUUUGCUCCCCCCUCCGGCAGCGGGGGCGUGCUGGAAGAGCUCGCGGGCCUGGCGCCCGGCGACGCUGCCGGGGACCCCACGCCGCGCGGGGGGGAUCCGGAGGUCCUGGGCCGGGCCCCCUGGAAGCGCCUGUACGCGAGCUACGAGCAGGGCCUGGGCUUUCCGAACCUGUGGCACGCGCUGAGGGGCUACGACGGGCCCACCCUCCUGGUGCUCCGCCCGGUGCUUCCGGCCCAGGGGUCCCCGGGAACGAGGCCCCCGCCCGCCGCCACUACGGACGCCAUUGGCUUUUACACCACGGCGCCCUGGGAGGAGGGCCAGGAGUAUUUCGGGGGCGAGAUCGGCGGCGACGCGGACCGGGCCUUUUUGUUCUCGGUCCGGGGCGGCGGCGGCGGCUCGGGGGCACCGGAGCCUGCCUGCCGCCGCGUCCGGUUCUUUCCCGCGAGGCCCACGGAAGGCAGCGGCAAGGACAGCGGCAGCGGCGGGAGGUACAUGUACUGCUUCCCGUCGACCGGGCCCGGGAGGGCCCGUGCGAAGAAUUCUUGCCCGACCGCCUUCGUCCACGGGAUUGGCGUCGGCGGGAGGCCCUCGCGGCCCCGGUUCCACCUGACGGAGACCCUCGAGGGCUGCCGCUGCCUGGCCUACGACCCGGACCGCUCCACCCUCGACGGGGACCUCUUUGCCCAUUGCGGCGGCGACGAAAACGAUUCCAAUGCCUUUGCGGAGGCCCUGUAUUAUUUCGACGUGGCCGAGAUGGAGGCCUGGGGCGUCGGCGGGGAGGAAUGGAUCGGCCACGCACUCUCCGAGCGGGAGGCCUCCCGGAAGCGCCGCAUCCAGCGGUACCAGACCGUCGAUAAGCGCAUGGUGUGGGACGGGGGGGCCUUUGCCCCACACGACCCUUUGCCGCGCUAGUGGUAGCAGCCGCACCCCACUGCACUGCACUAGCUACCAAGCUAGCUACCAAGCAAGAAAACAGACCGUCAGACAGACAACGACGGCGGCGCCGCCGCGGAGCGAUCGAUACCAUCAGAACGCAAUGCACGCAUCGAACGCAACGCAGGCUCGUCCCGAUUCGGUUUCGAUAAACUAGCAUUGUAAUG